AUGGCGACGCCCGGCGUCCUAGGCGGUGCGGCCCGGGCAGCUUGGCGGGAAAGACGAUUCAGCUUACGCGUCGUUUGCGGGGACACCUUCCGGGUCUUCCACUCUGCCUCCUCCAGUUUGCUGAGCAAAACUCAGAAAGCCACACCGUCUGCCUCCAAGGAGGGGAAGUUAGCACUUCCAGAAUUGGAGAAGAGUUUGGUGGCACAUCGUUCCAGACCUGUUUCUACUUCCCUUCCAAAUGAUGCCAUCCCCCAGGAAAUCCUCCAGUCCCUGGUUGUCUUGACCCAUGCAGGGUCCUGUCCUGAGUAUUUGCUGCCACCCAAGAAACCCAAGGUCCCCUUGGGUACCCUGACCAGGCCAGUGGAUGCAGUCUGGCAACAUCCUCUUCGAAGGAAAAAGUUCAAGUACCUGAUCGAUCAGCCCAUUUCCCUAACUGGUGCUGGAAGGGAUAUUUCUUUUCUAUAUGACGUGAAGUAUGUGAAGGGGGAGGCCAGAGAGAAAGUCCUCUGUCCACCUCGCUCCCAGCAUUCCCUGCAAGGGACCGAGGGUGCGCUCAUACCCCUCAAGCCAAAGAAACUGACAGACACGGUGGUUCCUGAGGAGUUUCACAUUGUCGCCAACACAGGCGUGUCAGGUCUAGAGUGUUAUGAUGACAAGUACACCACUCUGCUCACUGACAGUGAAAACCGCCUACUGCUUUUUCCAUCCAUGAAACCUAACCGAAGGGUUGAGGUGGCCCAGCUGAAUCACGUGAUGGAGACACUCCUGGAGCGUGCAGGUGCUGAGGUUCAGGAAUACAAGGGACCAACCAAGAUGCACAAUCUGCUCCACCUACUGCGCAGGGAACAAACGAUUUAUAACACAGUGUUCCACGAGCUCAUCCGGCAGGUCAGCGUGGACUGUGCAGACCGCGGGGAGCUACUGGCCAAGAUCAGAGAACGUUACGUGCAGAUGCUGGAUCAAGUUGCCAAGCAGAUGGUUGAUUUCUACAAGGACCUGGUGAGCCAGCGUGUGAUGGACCAGCGCAUCUUGGAGGAGCUGCACAACUUCAAGAAUGUCAUCCAAGAACUGACUAAGGAGCUGUCUCUGGUCCAGGAGCAGGACAUGAAGCUUACUAGGGAGGCCCAGAGAGCCCACAAGGAUUUGGCAAUGGCCCUGUUAGAAGCUGACAGAGAUGCCAGAAUUGUGGAAGACUAUCACGAGCUGUAUACAAUGCAGAGAGAAAGGAUGGAGAACAACAUCAGACACUUGAUGUCAGAGAGAGACCUGUGGAGCUCUGCUACAUAUGAGCUGGCCCUGAAGGUAAUUGCAAGAAACCGAAUCAUACUAGCUAAAAAACUCUACCUCCAUGAGAAAGGUUGGCACCAGCACACUAAGCAUCUCAUCAUUUUACUUUCAAGCCAGGACACCACCGACCUGGCCCUUCUGCAGAAGCUAACAGAGAGCUGGAGGAGCCUGGCCCGGAAGUUCAAGCAAGAGGUGGAAAAGAGUGAAGAAGGGGCCAAGCAGAGCCUGGAGGCAGUGAAGACAGGCCUUGCUAAGUGGCAGAACUUUCUGAACUCUGUUCUAAAUGAAGUGUUAGUUCCUGAUAAGAAAAAGUCCUUAAAAUUAAUCAAUAAAGACUUCAAGGCAUGGCAGAAGCUACUGGUUGAGGAGAAGAACAGUCUCUCUGGGGAUAACCUCGCAGCCAGGUAUGACACUCUCAGGAUUAUUCGGCACAUUGAGGACAACUGGGUGGACGUCAGCUACCAGAUCUUCACUCGCCACCGAGACAUGGACGGAAAGCUGCCUUCUGAGCAAAAGACCAUGGAGGACAUUCUUAAAAAAACAGAGAGAUACUACAGCGAGUUUGAGUUGAGAAUUAAUGGGAACAAUGGUGUCUCAUGGAUUCUCUCGAGGAUGAUAAACACCCUGGACUACUGUAUCUUCAAGAUUCAGGCCUUCGAGGAGGCACCUGUGGGCCAGGGCCUGACCAUUGAAUGGGAGGAGAUAUCGAUGAAGAUCAAUGAGCUGCUGUCCCAGCUUGAUGCCUUCCUCACAGUCAUCGGCAGUGUCCCCGAGGUCUCUGGCGAGUUCUCGGGACCGAUUCUCCAAAUAUUUAUAUUUAACUCUAUCCAAGAGUGGCUCUUGAAGAUCGAUAGUGAGAUAAAAAAUGGCAGCAGUGAACUCCAGCGCCAGAUGGAAGAGCUGCACAUGGCCAUGAUCCAGUGGAUGGUCAAUCUGCUGAUAGUGAUGAUUCCCAACCUGGCAGACCAAGACUCACAGCUCAGUGCUGAUGAGGGCAUGGAGAAGCACAGCGUAGACUUUGCUGACUUAGAGGUUGACGCUGUGGGGCUGACAAAAAAGUUGUACAGAUUCUGCACCUACCUGACCAGCUGUUGCAGUAACUUGGUGACAACCAUCACCCUGACCAAAACAGAAGCCUCUGAACAAAACCCCACCAAGGACCUGAAUGAGCUGGUGAUGAUGAAGAGAGAAUGCUACGAGUGGAUUGUGGUGUGUGGCCGCCUCCUUUCUCAGAUCAAGGGCUCAAGAGUAAAGCUGCUGAAGCCCAGUGAGAAGACACUGCUACUGGAGGAAGAGGAAGUGGUCAAGGAAUUCAUUGAGCCUCAAAUAAGAAGGCCUUUAGAACAGAUAAGAUUGGAAGAGGAGGAAGAGGAGGAAGGGACCCUGGCCCAGAAGUUUGCAGGAUGCCAUGUUUGUGAUGAGCAGACGCAGGAGAAACUUCUGCAGGUGGAAAACCGAGCCAGACAAGCUGAGGAGAAUUUCGAGGAGGCGAACGAGAAGCUUCUUUACACCCUCAUCAGAAUCCAGGAACUGGAGAGUGAGCUGCGGGCACAGGCGAGGUGGUCGAUGGAGAGAGAGAGAGAGGAGACUGAAGAGGAUGCAUGGAGCUGGUUGCCACAGCCCUGA